AGGCGCGCAGCCCUUCUGCAGUGACGUCAGGGUCACGGCGAAGGACGGCCAUCCCGACUUCCGCCGGGGGACACUCCGUGGUUCCGCAUGCGCAUGGCGGCGUGCGUGCGCAGUCCUGCCUGAAGGAGAUGGAUGCAGUAAAAAGAGGGAGGGGCUGCGCGCGCGCAGGGGAGCUGCUUCGUUGGUUGCCACGCGACGGAGGGGCCGCGCGCGGGAGCAGUUGGCGGUUGGCGCCGUUGCUCCGCUCCUCGCGUGUCACCAGCCCCCCCCCCAAUGCCAGCACUGCCCGCUGCCUGUGUGCUUUAACUCCUAUUUUGGAUGGGAUUUUCUUUUUCUUCAUUGUCACCCAUUGAAAUUGAUGAGAUUUUUUUUUAGGGCUGAGUUUCCAUCUGCCAUCAAAUGUCUUUCUGCCUGACUGAGAUGCACCUGUGGUCUUUGAAGAAUACCCUACAUAUUAGGGACAGUGAUAUUGGGAUCCAUCAGUACUAUGACAAAAAAGAAACAGUAUCACAAAUGAAGUAUGGUUACUUAGAAGAGAAGCAACAGCUCAUGGAAUCUCGAGAUUAUCCUUGGAUACUUAAAAACAAACGUCCAGAAAAACUGCGAGAUACCCUCAAGGAGCUGGAGGAGUUGAUGCAAAACAGUCAGUGUGUGCUGAGCAAAUGGAAGAACAAAUAUGUCUGUCAGCUCAUCUUUCAUUCAGGUGUACUGGUGUCCCUAAGCAUUUCUGGGCCUCAGCUGGAGAAAGUGGUGAUUGACAGGACCCUGGUGGGGAAGCUCAUCUCCGACACCAUCAGUGAUGCUGUUCUUACUGACAGUUUCAUCAUCUUGUCAUUUUGGGAGCAAAACAAACUCUGCUUUAUUCAGUUUACAAAGAAGACAGGUUCUCCUGAUAUAAACAAAAGACUUGAAAAACUCUCGUCCUUGGAUUUUAAGAUUUCUUAUGUUGACAUACCUGGACCAGAAAAUAGGAGGAUGAAACGUCAUCUGGCAAUAAAUUGUAUGCAAGAUAUGAUCAUUUGCUGGUGGUCAGCUACUAAUGAUGGAGCAUGGCCUUGGUCUCCUAUGUCCAGUGAAAGGAACAGAGCCAACUUAUUGCUUUUAAGCUGUGCACGUGGCAGAAUGGAGGUUUUAAGUUACAUUUGUACAGAAUGGGACCCACUUGAUGCUAGCUUUAGUGCUAAUCAGUCUUACCAAGUGCACACAGUAGAGCAUUCCAUCUCUGCAGACAAAGAGCCUAUGGCUGACAGUUGCACUUAUGAAUAUGUUAAGAACAAAAUACAGUGUGUGGCAGUCACCAGAAUACCACUAAGAUCAAAGGCCAUCACCUGCUGCAGAAACAUUGCAGAAGACAAACUGAUCCUUGGCUGUGAAGAUUCUUCCAUAAUUCUGUACGAAAUCCAGCAAAGAGUGACUCUGUUAGCUCAGGCAGAACUAUUGCCUGCCUUAAUAAGCUUCCAUCCCAGUGGUGCCAUAUUUCUUGUUGGCAGCUCUCAAGGGGAACUGCAGCUUUUUGACACAGCACUAUCACCAAUCAAAAUGCAGCUUUUGUCAGAAGAGUGUUCACCCAUGGCAACUUUGCAGUUCAGCAAACAAUUUGAUGUGUCAAGUAGUCUUAUCCAGAUGCAGUGGGCAGCUCCUCAAGUUGCAUUCCACAGCAUUGAUGGCACAGAUGUUCAUGAUAUUCUAUUACUUAGAUUUGACAAUGGACCUAUAGGAGUACUUCAGUUUAAAUUCGGUGUCAUCCCUAGAGGACAGCUGAGUCUUCUGGACAUCAUCCACCAAUACAUUCAGUAUGAUGAGAUGCAAGAGGCGAUUAAUGUCCUGAGUAGUAUGAACUGGAACACUAUGGGCCAACAGUGUUACAUAAGCUUGAGUGCCAUCGUAAAUCACCUUUUUAGAAAAAAGUUGACAGCAGAGAGAGAAGCACAGCUUGAGGCAAGCCUUGGAACCUUUUAUGCUCCAGCAAGGCCUCUGUUGGAUAUGACUGUCUUGGAAUAUCGGGAUCCAAUCAGCAGAUAUGCAAGAAGGUUCUUCCACCACCUGCUCAGGUAUCAGAGAUUUGAAAAGGCAUUUCUGCUAGCUGUUGACAUAGGUGCUCGUGACCUGUUUAUGGACAUCCAUUACCUUGCACUAGAUAAGGGUGAAUUGGCACUAGCUGAAGUGGCAAAGAAAAAGGCUAAUGACAUUGAUGCAGAAUCAAUAACUACUGGAGUUGAACGUUUGGGACAUUUUGACAGAGCGGAUACUCCAAAUGAAGCUUUUGUUGACCCAUCUUUAACACCUCAAGAGGAACAUAACUUCCCUGUUUCUGACUCAAACUUCAACCAUACAACACAGAGCAGUUCUUCUAACAGAAAAGACAGAAGCACAACGACAAAGAUGUCCAGACCAAAAGAUAAGGUGUGAAAGACAGGACUCCUGAUAAGUGCACAUGACUUCAGCAGAAGGUCUUCCAACCCACCACUAGCCACUGGUCUGAUUCUCUGAACAUAAGCCACUGAUCUGUCAAUCCACAGAAUCACUCUUAAAGGCUCUUAUUUAUAUUAUAGCAAAAGAUGGUUGUUAUGCAGGGGAUGCUAAACUCAAUGGAGAGACAGUGUGGACUAAUGCUUAAAUAGAGUGAAAUUGCAACAUACCUGUUAUAAAAGAAAAUACACUAGGUCUGGUGCCCAGCAUCUCAAAGAACAUAUGUACAUAUGCUUUGGAUAUCAGCUGCUGACCAAGGGAUCAAACCUUUUCUAGUUAUGAAAAUGUUCAGCAGCAGUAUUUGGAAAUCAGUGAAAAUGGAAAUUAUAAGAUCCCCAGCAUGAACAAGAUGGUCACCUAAGGCAACUUGUAGACCUUAAUUUAAUGGCACAAUGGGAUAUGAUCCCUGAUCCCAACAAUUGUGCAUUCUGCUGUACCAUACAUAUAUGGCAGGACACAAGAUUUUUGGGAUCAGGAAUAAAAAGUGUCAGAUCCCAUCAGCUUUAUGGUUGGUUUUUCCCAUUUUAUGAGCCAAUAAUUUGGUUGAAUGUGUGGCUGUAACAGAGACCCAUCCCAGGGGUGGCUGUGAUACUCCUGGAGCCCUCUCAGCCCUUAUCAAUCUGGCUUUCUUUGGGCAAUAUCCCCUUCUCCUCACCUGCCACACCUUGAUGAAAUGAUACUUUCCAAAAAGGGAUGCUGUCCCUAGGCUCCCCGAGCAAGAUUUCACUCCUGUGCACCAGUGUCACUGCUCAUAACGGUAACGGCUAAUUAUGGGGCCUCCAGCCUCCCUAGUAUCCACACCCUUGCCUUGUAGAUGUCACACACACUAAUCAGAUCCUAACCUCCCCUACAGGCUACAGGCUUCUGGCCCUGUUCCUCCUUACACCAGACCCUCUCUGGGCUAUGGGUACUCUAGCCACCUCAGUCUCCGGCUCUGGCCCUUCUGCCCUUCAGUCCUUCUCCUUAGAUUCUGGCCCUGUUCCUAGGCCAGUUGAGAUCCAUGGGCUCUCCAGCCCUACCUGUCUCCAGCUGCAGCCAGUCUUGGCCUUUGGCCCUUUCUGAGCCCUGGGCCCAUUCUUAAGCCAGUGACACCUAUAGCCACCCUGUAACUACCUGUUCCCUGGGCCCCCUCCAGCCCUCCACUGUUUCUGAGCCCUCUAGCCCCUGCUCUCUCUCUCUAAGGCAGCUGGGACCUCCUUACCGCCCCAUAGUUCCUUCCACAAGCCACGAGUGUUGCUUACCCCAGCUCAGAUGUUAACCAGAAGCCCUGCUGCCCAGGAACUCCUUUCUCUGUGGCCCUCAGGGCUAGACUCCCUGAUCAACUCAGGCAUGGGCUUAUAUUCUUCAAGCCAGGCCCCCUUCUGGUCAGGUGACUCUCUGAUUGGCCCCUGCCACAGCUGUUCUGACACAGUCUGCCUUCUCUUAAAGUACCAGGAGCACCAAGCCUCCUGCUACAGUGGCAUGUUACUGCAUUUAUUGCAUGAUUGACAUGUUAAUCACACUAUAAUUUAACAUUUGCCAGGAGCCUAAGUAACUUAAUAUGGUCCUUUUCCUUGUCAUUCCUUUUCUACUACCUCUUCCUAAGUUAAAUUUACCUAACCUUAGAAGUCCUUUGCUGGAGUGCAUGGAAGUGGGUGUGGUGGUACAGUCACACCCUUCUUCUGCCACAGCCUGGCCCUGACUGACCCAGGCUCAGGGGAGGUUCCAGAGCUAUUCUUGCCUUACUACAGCCAGCAGCUGCUGCUGUGUGGGGUGGUGGGCUUGACAGGGGACAGUGGCAACAUUGAGCAGGUUUCUUCUUCCCGCCCCUGCUCCAUGCUGCUCUCCCACUGUCAUCCCUGCUGGAAAGGAGCAGGCACUAAAAGGAGGAACCCAUCCUCUCCACCUCCCAUCACCCUUGUUCUCAACUGAUCCAAGCCCAGGGGAAAGCACCAGAGCCACUUCUGCCCCACUCCAGCUGGGCUGUGCAGGGAGCUGGGCUCCACUGGGAACAGAAGCAGCAGUGCACAGGUUCCUCCUUCCAGCACCUGCUUUUGGGCAGAGGGGGACACCACUGUAGGGGGGCCAGGUGGAAGGAGGAACCUGACACUGCUGUCACUGUCCCUCAAUGAGCAACUGCUCCCUGCAGCCUGUGACUGGAGCAGGGCAGGAGCAACUGGGGGCUCCCCCCACACCAGGGUCAGCAGUGUCAAUGGCAGCACCACCACUGGGAAGAUUCCUCCCUCUUUGUGCACUUGCUCGUUGCAGUGUUACCUGCCACUGUAAAGACUCCAGUCAUGCCUCACCCCCACCCUGCUGUGGUCUGAAACAUGUUGUGCCACAUCCCCUUGUAGUAAAUUCCAGAUCUGCCCAUGGUCCUUUGGCCCUUUAUCUAUAUUGCACAGGACUGCACUUGCAUUUCCACUGCAUCUGUUGAACUUCCAAAUGUAUAAAUAAUAAUUAGGACAGCAGAGAUUCAGUGAUGCUAAAUGACAGAUUAACAAACAAGAACAAAAGCAUACACAGCAGUAAGAAACAAAACAGGUCAACUGUUCUGUAGUGGAAAAGUCAUUAUUUUCUCCAGUGCUUUCUGGUAAGGAAUCACUUCUUGCUUCCAGUUAGUUUGCAGACUUCUUUUUUUUGGAGGGAGGGGAGGCAGGAGGGCUGCUUUGUGUUAGAAUAUUAUUAGGGCAGGAAUCAUAUCUUUUAUUAAACAUUAGAGUAUUACGCAAAGAAGUGCUAUUUCUUUUACUCAUACAAGCAGAGUGGGCUUUUGUUAUAUUAUUCCCAUGCAUUAACUGUGCUAUUAAGCGGAUUGUAUCAAGAACAAAAUGAGUGUUUCACACCUAUUUUUUAAUACAGAAAAUUAUAUCUGAGAUCUUCAAAGCAAUGUUAAGGAUGUGGAUAGACUGUGCUUCUAAACUAUACUGAACAGUGGCAUAACUAGAGGGAGGUGUUAGUAGCAACUGUCUUGGGGACCAGCUUUGGGGAAUGGAGGGGAGCAGCUGCAGCUGGUAGCCACAUGUUCACGUUCAUCAUCAUGGUAGCAACCAGAAAUCGCUGUUUCCACUUUGCCCCAGGCACCCAGCCACAUCUCUGCACUGCUGAUACUGAGAGUUUGUUGCCUGGUAAUAUUUUGGAUGUGUAUGCUGCUGCAUUGAUAUAUUCAAAAAAUUUUAAAUAUAAUAAAAGCACAAGUGGCCAUGCUUAA